UAUUCUUUGGAUCUUCUCAGCUGAGUGAAAACGUAUCUUCCAGGUGGUGAUGCUUUACCGGUUGCUCUGUAUUGUCCAAAGACAAAGGACUAGCCCAGGAUGGCUGACCUGGUCAUCAGCGAGAAGCAGCACAUCAGCUGCGGAGGCGCAUUCUAUCGCUCUGCCUGCCCAGGCCCAGGUGGUCAUCUGUGGAGGUGGAAUCAUGGGUACAUCUGUGGCCUAUCACCUCUCCAAAAUGGGAUGGCAAGAUAUUGUCCUUUUGGAGCAGGGCAGGCUGGCUGCUGGCUCAACAAGGUUCUGUGCUGGCAUCCUAAGCACUGCUAGGCAUUCAAGCAUUGAACAGAAGAUGGCUAACUAUUCAAACAACCUCUACCAUCAGUUAGAACAAGAAACAGGGAUCCAAACAGGUUACUUAAGGACAGGCUCAAUCUCUCUGGCCCAGACUCAGGACCGGUUGAUCUCUCUGAAGCGUAUCAACUCAAGGCUGAAUGUUGUAGGUAUCCCUUCUGAGAUCAUCUCCCCGAAGAAAGUGGCUGAACUUCACCCUCUCCUCAAUGUGCACGAUCUGGUCGGGGCCAUGCACGUUCCUGAGGAUGCAGUAGUGUCCUCUGCUGAUGUGGCUCUGGCCCUGGCAAGUGCUGCCUCCCAGAACGGUGUUCAGAUUUAUGACCGGACAAGUGUUCUUCACGUACUGAUCAAAAAAGGUCAAGUUACUGGUGUGGAGACAGACAAAGGACAGAUCGAAUGCCAAUAUUUUGUCAACUGUGCUGGGCAGUGGGCAUAUGAGCUGGGUCUGUCCAACGAGGAGCCGGUUAGUAUCCCGCUACAUGCCUGUGAACACUUCUACCUUCUGACUCGUCCCUGGGACACCCCUCUGCAGAGCAACACACCAACCAUUGUGGAUGCUGAUGGAAGAAUUUACAUUAGGAACUGGCAGGGUGGCAUCUUGUCUGGAGGCUUUGAGAAGAACCCCAAACCUAUUUUCACUGAAGGCAAGAACCAGUUGGAAAUUCAGAACCUUCGUGAAGACUGGGAUCACUUUGAGCCCCUGUUGAGUUCCCUCCUGCGUAGGAUGCCAGGAUUGGAGACUCUGGAGAUUUUGAAGUUGGUGAAUUGCCCUGAGACCUUCACACCAGACAUGAAGUGCAUCAUGGGCGAGUCUCCUGUAGUACAGGGCUACUUUGUCCUGGCAGGGAUGAACUCUGCUGGCCUGUCGUUGGGUGGAGGAGCUGGAAAGUUCCUAGCAGAAUGGAUGGUAUAUGGUUAUCCCUCUGAAAAUGUCUGGGAAUUGGAUUUGCAGCGCUUCGGAGCCCUCCAGAGCAGCCGCACCUUUCUGCGCCACCGGGUCAUGGAAGUUAUGCCUCUGAUCUAUGAUCUGAAGGUUCCCCGUUGGGAUUUCCAGACUGGAAGGCAGUUACGUACAUCUCCUCUUUAUGACCGGCUGGAUGCUCAAGGAGCCAGAUGGAUGGAAAAGCAUGGAUUUGAGAGGCCAAAGUACUUUGUUCCACCCAACAAGGACCUUCUUGCAUUAGAACAGAGCAAGACUUUCUACAAGCCAGACUGGUUUGAUAUUGUGGAGUCGGAAGUCAAAUGCUGCAAGGAAGCUGUGUGUGUCAUUGACAUGUCCUCUUUCACAAAAUUUGAAAUAACUUCCACUGGGGACGAGGCGUUAGAAAGUCUGCAGUACCUUUUCUGCAAUGACCUCGAUGUGCCUGUAGGCCACAUUGUUCAUACUGGCAUGCUCAAUGAAUAUGGAGGAUACGAAAACGACUGCAGCAUCGCACGCCUGACCAAACACAGUUUCUUUAUGAUUUCUCCAACCGAUCAGCAGGUCCGCUGUUGGGCCUGGCUUAACAAAUACUUGCCGAAAGACAGCAACUUGCUGCUGGAGGACGUCACCUGGAAAUACACAGCCCUCAAUCUGAUUGGCCCUCGAGCCGUGGAUGUGCUAUCUGAGCUGUCCUAUGCCCCUAUGACUCCAGAUCACUUUCCAACGCUCUUCUGCAAGGAGAUGAGUGUGGGCUAUGCAAAUGGGAUCCGGGUGAUGAGUAUGACGCACACGGGAGAGCCAGGCUUCAUGCUGUAUAUCCCCAUAGAGUAUGCUCUGCAUGUCUACAAUGAGGUGAUGAGUGUUGGACAGAAAUAUGGAAUCCGGAAUGCUGGGUAUUAUGCCCUCAGAAGUCUCCGAAUUGAGAAGUUUUUUGCUUUCUGGGGUCAGGACUUAAACACCCUUACCACGCCCUUGGAGUGUGGAGGAGAAUCUCGAGUGAAGUUAGAGAAGGGCAUAGACUUCAUUGGUCGGGAUGCCCUGCUGCAGCAGAAGCAGGCUGGGGUGUAUAAGCGCCUUGCUAUGUUCAUCCUGGACGACCAUGACACAGACCUUGAUUUGUGGCCUUGGUGGGGAGAACCCAUUUACCGGAACGGAAAGUACGCUGGCAAGACCACCAGCAGUGCCUAUAGCUACACACUGGAGCGCCAUGUAUGCCUGGGUUAUGUACACAAUUUUUCUGAGGACAGUGGGGAAGAGCAGGUGGUGACAACAGAUUUCAUCAACCGAGGAGAAUAUGAAAUUGACAUUGCAGGACAUCGGUUUCAGGCCAAGGCCAAGCUCUACCCUGUCACCUCUUUUUUCACUCACAAGCGUAGAAAGGACGAUGUGGAGCUGAGCGACUUUCAUGGGAAGUAAUGCAAGACACUCCCUUCCCACAGUCUUAUCAUGAGGAGCAUCGUUCUCAGAGCCGAGUUUCCCUCCGUCCCGGUCUCCUCACUGAAGGUACCUUUGUCCUUGCCUAGGUUCAAUUUGACUUAAACUUUUUCCUUGAAAGCCUUUCUUGUCUUCCCAUUUUCUCCCAUUUGCUGUUACCCCUCCUAAUAAUCCAGGCUCUUCUCAUCCCUCCAGCAGGCUCACAUACCCACAGUGGCGGGCAGAACCCACUUGUGGAAUGGUAUUAAGGUGACAGACUGAUUUUUAAAUUCAGUGUUAGGCAAGUUGGUAUUAUUUAAGUCUUAGGGUAAACAUCCAUUUCCCUUCGGCUUAGAUUCUUACCGAGUAACAACCUAGUUUCGGUAGAUGAUUUUGUGUCCGAUGCAGCCCUGGGAAUAAUUUGUGUCUUAACCAGGCAGAUAAUUCUGUUCCACUGUGCUGAGGUUGCCACCUGAUACCUCGUAACCAUCUACCUCACCAAUAAGAGGGAUUGUGUGGACACUGUCUGCUCUGUGGAAGGGGCAUAGUUACCUGGUACCCAGUGUCCUCCAACUUUGUGCUUACGUGUUUGUGCCAGGGCACCCUACCUGCAUUUUCUUCGUUUUCUGCUAUCUUUUAUCAUGAUGUUGGUUUUUAGCUGAGUAAACAGGUAUGCCAGUAUUUGAAAGGAAAGACAAACCAUGCUGCCUUUUCUGUUGCUUUUCCCAGUAGGAGCAGUGUGAACUCAGAUGCUGAGUUCCUACUGUUAAGAGGAGGGGUGCUGCUUUUCUUUCAGCUAAUCAUAGGUCAGUGAGCUAUCCCUUAUUGAUUUCUUCAGAUGACUUCUAGACUCAUCUGUGCCUUGUGUAGCCUGCCUACAACCUCAACAUCCAUUCUUAGCCUUUUAGAAGAGGAGGAGGGGAUCAGGCGGGUUGUUUUGGGUGAUUAAGUAAACCAUGCUGGUCAUACUGCGUUUCAGAGCCCCAAGCUUUGCGUCCCUAGCAUGAACAAAGCCAGACAGAUGACCACUGAGAACUGUAAGUACAGUGCAGGCCAGAGACUGCUCCCCACCCUCACACCCCCAGCCAUCUUGAUAGAAUCUUUGGAAUGGAAAGCGAGUGGGAGACCCACCACAUGCACCACACAUUUCCGUGGCUCUGCUGUUUUGUGGAAAUUGGAGCUAGCCUCAAAUUUGCGAUCCUCUUGCUUAUUAGUCUCUUGAGCACUGAGAUUUCAGGUGUGGUGACAGGCUUUUUGAAGUUGUAACUUGGAUGUCAUGGCUGUUCUAUAUACCAUCAACACUGAUUUUGUUUGCUCUCAUAUACAAACUGUCCCAGUCUUGGAGAACUUUUAAUUCUCUCAGCACUCGAGAUAAAGAGGCAGGCGGGGUCUUUGUGAGUUCAAGGCCAGCCUGGUCCACAGAGUAGAGUGAGUUCCAGGAAAGCCAGGGCUACACAGAGAGAAACCCUGUUUCAUAAAACCAGAAAGGGAAGGGAGGGAGUGAGGGAGAGGGCAAGGGCAAGCUCAGGCAAGAGAGCUAGCUGGCCACAACACAUACCAGCCUUUAAUUCAAUUAAAGUAGUUCUCACUAACUGGGAAGCAUUGGUUUUGCUAAACUGAUAUCAAUAGAAAUUCUUUCAUUUCUUUAGAGCAGCUCAAAAUUCUCGUGUCUUCUUUGACAUUUCUGUAGAACUUUAUCCACUCAGACUUUCCUUCCUUCCUUCCUUCCUUAACACAUUUCUUGCUGUUUUUUCCAGCUAGGCUAUUCCUACUUAGCUUUCGAGAUUUUAAAUGAUUAAAAGGACACACAAUUAGAAUUCGAUGUGAGGGUAAUUAGUAUUUUGGGAAAAAUAGCUAUUUAAUGAGAUGAGAGGAACUGUUUCUCCACUAGAGAGCUGAGCAGGGCAGCAGUAGCAGUAAAGCUACUGAGGAGGCAGAACAGGCUCUUAACUGACCUGUGGGGGUGGAGUACAGAUGCACAGCUCCAGGUACUGUGUGCUCUCUCUGAUAGAUAUGGCCGUUGUCUGUAAAAGUCCACAGUCUGUGUAAUGAACGUUUAUUUGGUAUUGAAUACAAAAUACAUUUUUGAACUAUGCAUUACUUGUAAAAAAAAAAGGUAGCAAUCAGCAGGUUUGCUCUUUAAAUAUGGAAGUUAGUACUUAAGUUCCAAAUCAGAAAAACUUCCAAACCAAUAUAGUUUACAAUUGGGCAUACCACCAUCACAGUAUAUUAUUCAGAAACAAAUGUCAUCAAGAGUAUUCUCAGCAGUUUUUUAUUUUGUUAAUCACUAGCUAAUUAACUAUUAAGUUGGAGGGAAACAGCAGCUUCCUACUAAGUUUCCAGCUAGAAGUUCUGGCUGAUGCUGCCAUCAGCAGAGCUUACAGACCAUGCUUGUCUUGCUGCAGUUUUUUCUAUGCUUGAUGGCACAAGUACCUUAGAUAGUCGAGGGGGCUGCUUACCAGUGUGGGAGCAUGCUGGGCUUCUCAGGAGUAGAUGCAAGUUGUCAGCAGAAAUGGUAGCUCUAGAGCAGUGGUUCUCAAUUUGUGGGUUGUAACCCCUGACCCUUUCACAGGUCUCCUAAAUAAUUGGAAAGCACAGAUAUUUACAUUAUGAUUCAUAAUAGUAACAAAAUCAGUUAUUAAGUAGCAAUGAAAAUAAUCUUACGUUGGGGUCACUGCAAAUGUGAGGAACCGUAUUAAAAGGUCACUGCGUCAGGAAGGUUGAGAAUCACUGCUCUAGAGGCAUGACUGAAAAUCUAGGAGGACUAAAGAGGGACAAUCACUGUACCUCCUGAGUUGUGUGACACUUCCAGUUCAGGGACAGUGAGGCUAUCUUGGCUUGCCUUGUAUAACACACACUAGGGAGCCGGUUAGCUUUAAGGGAUUGUAAACACUUCAGUUUUAGGUGACAGAUUCUCUGGAAUAGUUACCACAUCUACUUCCUAGAAGUGAGGGGGUUCCAUGUUCUCCUCUUUGAUUAUAGAAGCAAUUAAAUCUCUUUGAACAAGGUAACAAAGUAUAUGGAAAACCUAGAGUUGGAAGUUUUCUGUGAUACUCCAUGAAGGCUCUUUUAGCCACAUGCACAGCCUAUUUCUCAGCACUACCACAGUUAUUUGAAAUAUGCUCAAGCUUGUAACAGAGUUCCCUUCCAUGACAUAGGAACUGAACUUGCAAAAAGGAACAGAGAGGAAUGGCUUGAAUAGUCUUAAUUGUGAGACUACCUCACUGCAUUUCUAGUUCUUCUGUGGGUUCCUACAGAUCAUAUUAGUCCUGCACACAGGAUCGUUUAGCACAAUUAUAAACCCUAGCUUCAGCCUGGUCGCCAAGAGCCCAUUUAUGCGGCCGUGGACUAUAGCCACUUCAGCUUGGCACUUGUUGGGAAGUACAUUAGCUCUGGCCUGUCUCCUCUAUGUUGUGUUCAAGAAAAGUAACCAAACAUGAAAAACAAAUUUGUAGAUUUCAGUAUUAACUGAUCUGUUUUGGGAUAUGGGUGACAGCUUUGAUUUUCAGGUUACCUUAUGAACACAUUUGCUAGCAUGGGAAAAGUUCUUCACCGUCCUUGGAGAGAACUGUAUGCCUUACAGUAUUGGUACUAGCCCUGGAGACUGACCUGGAUGAGCAGUUGCAUCAUCAUCCUGUUUGCAGGGGCGAACUACAAAUUUCAUCUUUGUAUCUUUUGGUUAACUUCUUGGCUAAGGUAACAGACUUAUAUUUAGGACAGUGAAGUUACUUUUUAAAUUUUCUGCAUCCCAACACCCCCAGCUCACAUGUUGAUAAGCAGCAUAGUAUCAACACAGUACACUUUCCUUCUACUGGAGGAUGUUCCUCUCACCCUUACAUCUGUAGGCACACAGCUUGAGGAGCAGGAGGUGAGUGGGCGAGGAUGAUGCCUGAGUUCGGCUGCUGCUGAGCUGUGGGUGGUUUGGCAGCACCUCCCUUUCUUUUGGCCUCCAAGGUGCUGAUCUGUAAGCCCCCAUGUUCAUCAGCAUGGGGCUUUCUCUCGAAGUCCUCAGCAGUACCCGCACCAGGUACUGUUCACAAGGAUCGAGUGUUCCCCUUUGCCGUCUCAGUCGGUCACACAUCAGCAUUUCCCUGUAUAAGACUCUUGGCCUCUAAGCAGUUGUCCGUAUCUGAAUAAUUAUACACACUUUCUUCAUAUUUUGAUUCACCUUUGCAAACAUCUACCUCCUUGUCUUUUGUCUGUGAAUGACAGAUUAUAAGAGGAGGGGGAGUUAUUUUUAUCAUGUUUCAAAAGAUCUAUGCCAAGAUUUCUUUUGCACACCAAGAACUGAAGCUUGGAGCACCUCUCAGGCCAGUUCUAGUGCCUUACACUCCAGGGUGUCCAAUGACUGAGGUAGGAUGAAAGCAGAAUGUUCGCUCUGUAGGUUCUCAUCCCCCACAUCAGCCCUCUUUGUUCAAAAUAACCUUGGUGUGGGGUAAAAAGUUCUGCAGCUCAUUUCACUGAAAGCUUUUCUAGCUCAUACUUAACUCUCUGGUCAAUGCUUAAGAUAUAUAAGACACCAGUGCAAUUGCUAUAAAGAUCUUUAAAUUCGCAUUUAGUGUGUGGUUCUGCUCAGCUCCCUUCUGUUCCUGUGUAGUAUCAGCAUGUGAUCCCGAGGACAUUCUAGAUAUUGGAGUAAAAUCUUAAGAGCAAACUCAGCCGACUUUGGACACAUUGGGUAACUGUGCAUUUAUGACCAGAAUUAUUUCUAGAUGGCUGGAUUUGAAUUGAGAUUUUCUUUUCAUGUAUUAGGUGUAUAAAAUGAAUAAAAAGAUGUUUCCAUAA